GUUGCACUGCUCAUACCACCCGCUGCCAAUGGUUCGCUCCGAACACCCCUCCCCGCCUGGCGGGUGCGGCGGUCCGCCCCACUUCCGGUUAUUGCCGGGCCCUAUAUCCGGUGUCCGCCCGCCCUCGGCUCCUCCGCUGGCGCGAUGCUUUCCCGGUCCCGUUGCGUGUCCCGGGCGUUCAGCCGCUCGCUCGCUGCCUUCCAAAAGCAUUAACAACAGUAGUGUCUUCAGUGUUCGCUUCUUCAGAACUACAGCUGUGUGCAAGGAUGAUGUGAUUACAGUCAACACACCAGCUUUUGCAGAAUCUGUCACAGAGGGAGAUGUCAGGUGGGAGAAAGCUGUUGGAGACACAGUUGCAGAAGAUGAAGUGGUUUGUGAGAUUGAAACUGACAAGACAUCUGUGCAGGUUCCAUCACCAGCAAAUGGCGUAAUUGAARCUCUUUUGGUACCUGAUGGGGGAAAAGUUGAAGGAGGCACUCCUCUUUUCACACUCAGGAAAACUGGUGCUGCUCCUGCUAAGGCCAAGCCAGCUGAAGCUCCUGCCACAGCCCCCAAAGCAGAGCCUGCAACAUCAGCUCCUCCUCCUCCUCCUGCAGCACCCAUACCCACUCAGAUGCCACCAGUGCCCUCACCUUCACAACCUCCUUCUAGCAAACCAGUGUCUGCAAUAAAACCCACUGCUGCCCCGCCACUAGCUGAGCCAGGAUCUGGCAAAGGUGUGCGUUCAGAACAUCGGGAAAAAAUGAACAGGAUGCGGCAGCGCAUUGCUCAGCGUCUGAAGGAGGCCCAGAAUACGUGUGCAAUGCUGACUACUUUCAAUGAGAUUGACAUGAGUAACAUCCAGGAUAUGAGAGCUCGGCACAAAGAUGCUUUCCUGAAGAAACAUAAUCUCAAACUAGGCUUCAUGUCAGCAUUUGUGAAGGCCUCAGCCUUUGCCUUGCAGGAGCAGCCUGUUGUAAAUGCAGUGAUUGAUGAUGCAACCAAAGAGGUGGUUUAUAGGGAUUAUAUUGACAUCAGUGUUGCGGUGGCCACGCCUCGGGGCCUGGUGGUUCCUGUCAUCAGGAAUGUGGAAACUAUGAAUUAUGCAGAUAUAGAACGAACCAUUAGUGAACUGGGAGAGAAGGCCCGAAAGAAUGAACUUGCCAUUGAAGAUAUGGAUGGUGGUACUUUCACCAUUAGUAACGGAGGCGUUUUUGGCUCGCUCUUUGGAACACCCAUUAUCAAUCCCCCUCAGUCUGCCAUCCUGGGCAUGCACGCCAUCUUUGACAGGCCAGUGGCUGUGGGAGGCAAGGUGGAGGUGCGGCCUAUGAUGUUUGUGGCCCUGACCUAUGACCAUCGGCUGAUUGAUGGCAGAGAGGCUGUGACUUUUCUCCGCAAAAUCAAGGCAGCAGUAGAGGAUCCCAGAGUUCUCCUCCUGGACCUUUAAGAGAAAGCUCCACACCCUACAAAUCGACCAUGCAGGAACUUAAAACCAGUCUUCUCCUUGUCCCCUCAUGGGUCCCAGGUUAGCCUGUGACAGGCAGGUAUUUGCUGUUGGCCUCAAGCAAGGAAGCCAGGGUACUAUGUAACCAGCAGUUGCAGGUCUUCUCUURGUGUUCCUGCCAGGCUCUCUCCCUCUGAAUCUUUCUCUGGCCUUUGAAUAUCUUAUUUCCUUAGGCUUAAGAGAAAGAGAGAGAGUGAGAGAGCCUUAAUGGAUGCUCAUUAAUAUUCCUGCCUUUCUUCCAUUUAGCCUCUGCACAGAUAAUUUUUGCUUCUCCCCAUUGCCAGUAUAUUAUAGGGAAACCACUGGGACCAUGUGAUUAAAUUUUCAUCUUUGGAAAAUCUAUUCUCCAGAAAUGCCUAGGGGGGGUGCUUUGCCUCCCAGGCUCAGAGCAGCCUCUGUCCCAGCUGUGCACAUUCUCACUUGAUGCCAUCUGUAUGGAGGUAUUGAACACAGGCAAAGAGGUGCUGUUUUGCUUCUUAAAUGGCACCGUCAUUCUCAGAUGUCAGUGACUUCAAGAUGCCUCUUCUACCUCUUCCAGGAAACACAGGCCAGGGGAUCUGGAUGUGGGGGGAGAGGGCAGAGUACCCCCCUGAGGCAACAUGUUGUAAAUGUCAGUGAGAGCAGAACUCAGGCCUGCCCUCACACUCGCAGUCAUAGAUUCAUGCCAAUAAGACCCACUUUGGCAUAAUCACAGUUGUGGUUGUGCCAAUCCUUUCCAGGAUGCUAGGAACCAUCUAGCACAUUGUCCUCAUUUAGAGCAGAUUCUAGCACAUCAUGGCAGUGGGACAGAGCCUGGUCACAGUGAAGACUGGAACCUGGGGAGAGGAGGUGUCUUCUGACUUGUUCACAUUGACUCAAGCUUUUAGAUUCAAGUUGGACUGAGGAUGCURUCCUCUUCCUUCUCACGUUGUGGCCCAUAGAGAGCCAGGCCUUGGCUCUUGCCCUAUAGGACACAGAUCUAGGGGAAGAUGGACUGUGGUGGGACCCAGCCUCCAGAUAUUAGUACAUAGUGAUGAAGUGACUGGUAUUAUCUCUAAGGUACUGCCCUUUGAGUCUGGGCACAAUCAUUGGAAUUCCUUUGGAGCAUGGUUAAAUGCAAGUAUCUUGUGAAAGCUACUGUGCUGUAUGGUUUUGUAUCCAACUGCAUCCAUGCCUGAGACUGCUGGCACUUGACACCGGGGCCAUUAGUUAGUGCAGAGUGCCCUUUUUUAUCUUGAGCCAAGAAGCAAGGCCGGGGUUGGGGGUGGGGGGAGGGGCCGGUACUGAGUGCCUGCAGCAUCUGCUACUCUGUCUUUACCAUUCAGAACUUGUAACUAAAGUAUUUAAAGAAACUGAUUUUGAAUGAAAAUUAAAGGACACAUGUUCUCAAACAGG